CAAGUAUUGGCAAGGAUGGAACAAGAAUUCUGUUAGGUGACUUGUAGGAGGAUAAAUUCCUUCUACUCCUUUGAAACUGGCCUUAUCUACUGUCGCCGGACUUUGCUGUUCCCUGUGACCCAUCGGUUUGGCAGCAGUAUGCUGAUGAACUCCACCCAUGCUCAGCGUGUGUGGUAUGUGGCAUGUUAACGGACAGUAGCCCAGCACCUGGACACAGGGCUUCGUCUGUGCGCUGCCGUGACUCGGAGAGGACAGACACGUCAGUGUGGUAGGACGAACCCACCACGGUUGGCAGAUGGCCAGGCCCCAGAAGACAGUGCCUGCCCUUCCUCAGAGAGAAGGGAUCCAGGCAGCCACUGUCCUCUCGCCCAACCCGAAGUGCGUCUUCCGUCAUCCCCUGCACCAAGGGCGCUGCCCACCCGCCCAGCAGCUCUGCAGCCCCACCUGGGCUCCAACUCCCGAGUCUCCAAAGAAGCCCAAGAUGCAGGUAGCCAAGGACAUGUUCCCCACCGACUGGAGCCCACCGCCUAUCGAGUUCCUAAACCCGAGGGCACUGCAAGCCAGCCAGGAGCCCCCAGCCCAGGGGUACAUGGGUACUGCAGACCCCCAGGGCCUGAAGAGACUGGCCCGCCAGCUGCCCAAGGGGCUGGAGCAGGAGUCCCUGGACUUGGACCCCAAGGAGGGCUUGGCCUCGCUGGAAGAGCUGUUGUGGAACAUGGCAGGAUCAAGCCAGCAGGCUGCAGCCCUAGAACUAGCCGAACCUACCUCGCUCACCUCCGGGGGCUCAGGAAGCUACGUCAACAGCUUGGAUUAUUUACUGCAAGAGAAGAGGGAACAGGCGCUGGAGCAGGAGCGGGAGGAGCUGCUUCUGCAGGACUGCCUCAGUCUCAGUUCCUUGGAUCUGCACGAAGACGAGGCGCCACUCAGCCCUGAACACAGGAUGCUGGUGGAGAGGUUCUCCGUGUCGCUGCAGGUCAUCCCGUCCGUACAUCCAGGCGAGACUGUGUUUCUGCCCAGGCGUCACCCACUGCCAUGCAUCCUGGACUGUUCAAACCUGAAGCCACACAGCCGCCUGGAAGAGCUGUUCCUCAGCGCCUCGCCCUCCCAGCAGCUGUCCUUCCUGCGCAGCGGCCUCCUGAGCAACCUCUACCUGCACACGUCGCACUGCCCGGUGCCCCUGCUGCAGUGGCUGUUCCAGCUGCUGACAUGGCCUCCGGAAACUUCUUUGGGAGCCUUUGGUCUCCUGUGGGAUCUCAGUGUGGACAGGCUCUUCCUUCAGUCCGAUGAAGACAUGCACUUGUGGUGCCCCUCGCUGCAGGAGGUCACGGAGGCGUUCUACAGCCUGGGAGCCUACAGCCCUUCGCUGUACCCCCUGGGGCCCUUCCAGCACAGCGGCAGAGUGCUUAACAGUGAGGCCAGCCUGGGCUGGGACGGGCAGCGGGAGGCGCCCCAGCAAGUCGCCUUGGGCAUUAGCCUGAACUACAUCUACAAGUUCCUGACGUUGUGCGCCUUCGCGCGGCCAGGGGCCUACACCGACGGGAACCUCUUGGGCCUGAUCGAACUGCUGUGCCGCGCCGGCCUGGACGUGGGGCUCCGUCUGCUGCCCAAGACCGACCUCCAGCAGCUUCUGCUCCAGCUCCUGGAAAACAUCCAAGAGUGGCCGGAGAAGCUCCCGAAGCUGUGCCGUGCCCUGAGCUGGGUGUCUGACCACCAUCACAACCUGCUGGCCCUCGUGCAGUUCUUCCUGGACGUGACCACCCGGAGCAGGCAGCUUCGAAGCCAGCUGAGCCUCGAGGUCAUUGCCCGAAUGCUGGGCCAGCAAGAGUCGCUUCCUCCCUGGCAAGAGAAUACCCAGCUGUCCUUGCUCAGCCGGCUCCUGAGUCUCAUGAGGCCAUCAUCCCUGGGGCAGUACCUGAGCUCUGAGCUCUCACCACCCUGCCAGGAGCAACAGCCCAAGGCCAGUACCGAUCUCGACCACAAGGUCUGCUACCUGUGCCACAGCCUCCUGAUCCUGGCUGGGGUGGUGGUCAGCUGCCAGGACCUGACUCCAGACCAGUGGGGCGAGCUGCAGCUGCUGUGCAUGCAGCUGGACCGCCACAUCAGCACCCACAUCCGGGAGAGCCCCCAGGCCAUGCACCGGACCAAGCUCAAGGACCUGGCUGCCCAGACCUACAUCCGCUGGCAGGAGCUGCUAGCCCACUGCCAGCCCCAGGCCCAGUACUUCAGCCCCUGGAAAGAUAUCUAAACACGCUGGAUAGGGUGGCCCCGGCUCUUGGCUCUGGCCGGAAGUGAGCAGAACUCUGGAACUGGGGGUGGUGAAGAAUCAAGGUCUGAAGAGGCCCAGCUGCCAUCCAGCCUGCCGGAUAAAGAGCCUGCUGUCACCACUGCCCCGACCCUCCUGCCAGGGAUAGCCUCUCCCCUCUUAGCCCCCCCUCCCCCAGCUUUCCUGCACCCUUCAGCCAUCUCCUCUUCCCAGAGGCCUUUGUCUCCAUAGCUCUGGUUUCCCUGGGCCUCCUGGGCCCUGCCGGGCCUCAGUUCUCCCCACCCUCCUUCCUCUCUCUGUCACUAAUGUGAGGUCUCUUUGUGCACAUUAAAGUCUUAUU